AUGUUCGCAUUAGAGAAUGUCCUUUAUUUUCAAGCUGGGCUUGGAGUCCUAGUCAAUAUGUUUCUUCUAGUUUUUUAUAUUGUGAUAAUCCUAGGUCACAAACUUAAGCUCAUUGACCUGAUCUAUUGUCAACUGACCUUAGUUCACAUAAUUAUGAUCCUCACUGGAGGAAAUAUCAUGCUUACAGACAUAUUUGAGUCUCUGAAUGUUGAGAAUGACAUCAAAUGUAAGGCAACUUUAUACACAAACAGGGUGAUGAGAGGCCUCUCUAUCAGCAUCACCUGCCUCUUGAGUGUGUUCCAGGCUGUCACAAUCAGUCCCAGUACCUCUUGGCUGGCAAAAUUUAAACAUAAACUAAGAAAACACAUGAUUAAUGCUUCUUUCUUUUAUAUUUGGUCUUUCAAUUUAUCUCUUAGUAGUAACCUGAUCUUCUAUGUUGGUGGUUUUACCAAUGUGAAUGAGACCAAGCAGAUGAAGAUCACUAAAUCCUGCUCACUCUCAUCAAUGAACUACAUCAUCAGGGGAAUGAUUGUAACAGUGACAACCUCCAGGGAUGUGUUUCUUGUAGGAGUCAUGCUGAUCACAAGUGCAUACAUGGUGAUUAUCUUGUUCAGACAUCAGAGGCAAUGCAAGCAUCUUCACAGCAUCAGACAUCUGAGUGCAACCCCUGAGAAAAAGGCCACACAAACUAUCUUGCUGCUGGUGAUUUUCUUUGUGGUUUUAUACUUGGUGGACUUCAUCAUCUCAUCAAUCUCCAUUCUGUUAUGGAUAUACAACCCAGCAAUCCUGACUGUUCAGAAGUUUUUGAUGAAUGUCUAUCCUAUAAUUACUCCUUUGGUACAAAUCACUUCAGAUAAGAGAAUAUUCAAUGUGUUGAAAAACUUGCAGUCAAAAUUCCACUAG